AGAAAUGCGUGAGCGGAUAAGAAAAGCGACGCAGAUGUAUUAUCCUCGGACACUUCAUAAGACGGAAUCUCGCCAAUUCACAAUGAAGGAAAUAUUAAAGACUUGCGCGAUUAAAACGAAUGAAUCGAAUUACGCAGUUACACGUAAGACAAAACACCGACGCAAUUACCGUAUGUCCUCUCCUGCAUCCUCUUUUACAUUUAUCAUCACUUGACUGCGAUUUACCUCCAUUUCCGCAAUUUUAUCCCGCCAUUCUCUGACCUCUAUUGACAACCGCGCCGCGAUGCGCCGCAUCGACAUCGUCAUGACGACCGUAGGAUCGCAUAUCCUUCAAACAAGUAUGUACCGAGCACAGAAGUGUAAGUAAAGGCUAUCGCAUCGAAGAUUAACGUCGAUUUUUGCCGUAAAAGGGAGAUUCGGUCACUUUCCGCGACAUGAACGAUUGUCUGUCAUUGAACGCGACCGCCGGACGUGCUGCUCAUUUGGCGAGGGAUAAGGAGGAGAAACGUGCCCAAGAGCGUCGGCGCCAUCUUAUUUAUCUUAUCACUGCUUUUUUACGAGAACAAGGAUAUUCUAAUACCGCGGAGAGUCUCGUCAAAGAAGCUCAGCUGUCCCGAGAUAUUCACGUAUGCGAUAAUAUCGAUCUGGAGACUAUUAUUCUUGAAUAUACCGACUAUUAUCAUGCCAAAUACAACAGGUAUCCGAAAUUAUGCAAGAAGACGGAAGCAAUCGUGACACAAAAUGUCAAUAAAAAAGAAAGAAUUACAAAAGUUCCUAAUUCGAAACAAGAGGAUGGUCGUCUCAUCGAGGAAUGUAACAAUAUCGGAAGAAGUAAAAUUGCGCAAAAACAAUCUGCGUGGAAUGAAUUGAAUCUCGGUAUCACGGUGACGCCAAUUUUUCCCACGGAAAGUGGUGAUCGAGUUGCCAUACAAGGGUCAAUAUCCGAUGAAAUUGUUACGGAUAAUGAGAGACUACCGAGAUCUAUUGAUAAUCUUUAUCCGGUCGGCUCCGAAUUGAAGGAAAUCGCCGAUAUUAUAUCACGAGAAAUUGUGCAACAAAAAUUGAACGUUCAUUGGGACGACGUAAAGGGACUGAAAAAUUGCAAAACAUUAUUAAAAGAAGCUAUAUUGUAUCCUAUGAAAUAUCCAAGUCUGUUUAGCGGGAAACUCGGUUCUUGCAAAGGUGUAUUGUUAUAUGGUCCACCAGGAACUGGCAAGACAAUGCUCGCGAAAGCAGUCGCCACCGAAUGUCAAUCGACUUUUUUUAAUAUCACUUCUAGCUCCAUUAUUAGCAAAUGGAGAGGCGAUUCCGAAAAAUAUAUUCGCGUACUCACCGAUCUUGCUAAACAUUACGCGCCUACGAUAAUCUUUAUUGAUGAAAUCGAUUGGACAACCACGAAUACUACUGAUUGCGGCUCGUCAAGUUCGGAACCUGCUAGAAGAUUUCGAGCGGAACUUCUCGCCAGAUUGGACGGAUUAUUAUCAAUGGAUUAUACAAAUGUAAUAUUAUUAGCAGCUACAAACGUUCCCUGGAACAUAGACGUUGCCUUGUUGAGACGUUUAGAAAAGCGAGUUUUUGUAGAUUUACCCGACGAGGAUAGUCGAUUAGAAAUAUUACGAUUUUAUGUUCGCGCCGAUCUACACGAUUCACCGGAAAUGUUUAAACUCGCGCAAGAAACAGCAGGAUAUUCUUGCGCGGAUUUGAAACUAUUGUGCAAAGAAGCAUGGAUUAAUCAGUUACGACCUAUUUGGGAGAGUCUCGAGACUAAAGCGAUUUCUGUGAGCGAUAUUGAGAAUGAUGGUCUAAUCAGUGCAAUGAAUCACUUUGUAUUUGCAAAACACAAUGUGAAACCCACUACCAAGCAUAUAAAUGCGCAAUAUAUGAAAUGGCAUAAACAAUUUGGUUCAUCUAAGUAAAUAGGAAAAUAGCAAGGAAGCUGAAAUCACAAUUAUAACAAGAAAAUAGAUGUGUAUAACAUGUACAAUAAACAGAUCAUGUAUAAUAAUUAGAUAGAUGUACAACCUAUAAAUCUAAUUCCCUUUUUCAA